CGUAGUUCUUUGGGGGUCCGGACAGGAAUGCUCUUGCAUCCUGGUGUGGAGGAGGUAGAAGUUACUUUGCAGGAGUGCGGAUAGAGGUCUUCUGUCUUCUAUCUCCUUUUCAUGGGACUUCUAAGUCAGCUGCCUGGGCAAUACUAUUCCUGGGGGGCUGUCGACUCUCAGAAUGAGUGGAGAUGUCCUCUAGCCGCUCCUGACCCUGUCCGGAGGAGCAGGGGUCCUGUUUGAGGAUCUGGAAGCUCAGAGGGAACGGGCGAUGGGCAUGCAGAGGUUGGUGGCUGUGGCAGUCACGGUGGCUUUGGUGUCACUCAUUCUAAAUAACGUGGCUGCCUUCACCCCAAACUGGGUGUACCAGACUCUGGAGGAAGGACGCAAGCGCACCGUCGGACUGUGGAAGAUGUGCUUGGCUGGAAGAGGGGUGCUGGCACCUAACCCUCGGCCGGGGCAAGGGGAAGAACGGGAAUGCCACUCCAUUGGCUGGGGGUCAGAGAUCUCUGGUUUGCAGGAAUCCCGCAACACAGUCAAACUGCAAUUUGACAUGAUGAGGGCCUGUAACCUCAUAGCCACCGCCGCCCUGACAGCCGGCCAGCUCAUCUUCCUCAUGGGCCUUCUGGAGCUGCCGAUGAUCACUCAGGACUCCCAGUGGUGGGAGGAAGCCAUUGCAGCCGUGUUCCAGUUGGCUAGUUUCGUGCUGGUCAUAGGUCUGGUGACUUUUUACCGCAUUGGUCCUCACACUCACUUAUCCUGGUCUUGCUACAUGGACAUUGGUGCUUGCCUGUUGGCAACUUUGGCAGCUGCUAUCCUUAUCUGGAACAUCCUCCAUCGCCGUGAGGACUGCAUGGCUCCACGUGUCAUCGUCAUCAGCCGGACUCUCACCGCGCGCUUCCGCCGAGGCUUGGAGAACGAUUACGUGGAGUCUCCAUGUUGACCGAGGCUUGCGGGACAACUGAUCCUCAACAGACUAAAAAUGGACUUGGCGACGGCAAAUAUAUUGCCAAGCAAGUUAACCAAUCAGAGUUCUUCUGUCCGUGGAACAUAUAGACAGAGGAACCACAAGGCCAUAAAUAUUCAAUGUAUAAAUAUAUAUAUAUCAUACAAUUUAUAUCUACAAAGGAAAAGAGAACUCAGAAGCUGUUGCAGUGGAAUGUGCAAUGUUUUCAAACUCUAUGAUGGUGGAAAGUCUUAUAUACAGAAGGAUUUGUACAG